CGUCUCCAAUGCUUGCUAAUCCCAUGCCCUGUUGACGCAAAACGUCGCCAUUUGUAAUCCUCAUGGAGAGGAUACCCUAUCACAUCCGCCCGAUAACCUUCAUGGUCCACCUGGGUGGGGAAAUUUGGAGUUCGGACAAGGAGGGGUAUAAUGCGGGUGCGCCCAUACGCAAGUACAUAUAGGAAGCAAAAGCGCCUCGGGUUCCUGUCACAGCACGUCGUUUCUGCAGGAACUAGAAUUGAGCGGUAUAAAUAUUUGACCAUUCAUUUUUCAUCAUAAGCAUGGUUAAAGUCCUCCUGACUGGUGGUAGUGGCUUCAUUGCCGCCCACAUCAUUGAUAUUUUGUUGGCACGCGGAUUCGAUACAGUUGUGACGGUCCGCUCCGACGAGAAGGGCCAGAGAAUCCUCGAUGCCCAUCCCAACACGCCCAAGGAGAAGCUCUCCUACGUCGUCGUCAAAGAUGUCGCGGCCGACGGGGCAUUCGAUGACGCCGUCAAAUCCAACCCACCGUUCGAUUACGUCCUCCAUACAGCUUCGCCGUUCCAUUACAACGUACAAGACCCCGUGAAGGAUUUCCUAGAUCCUGCGAUCAAGGGCACGACGGGUGUUCUGAAGGCAGUCAAAGCAUAUGCACCGACGGUGAAGCGGGUCGUGGUCACGUCGUCUUUUGCGGCGAUCACCAACCCUAAGGAGCAUCCCAAGGUGUACAGCGAAAAGAACUGGAACCCCGUAACGUGGGAAGAUGCUAUGGAUCGCUCCCAAACCUACAGAGCCAGCAAGACAUUCGCAGAGAAAGCGGCGUGGGACUUCGUUGAGAAGGAGAAGCCAAACUUCGACAUUGCGACCAUCAACCCACCGCUUGUCCUGGGUCCGGUCGUGCACUACUUGAACUCCCUCGACUCCAUCAACACAUCCAAUAUGCGGAUCGCUGGAUUCAUCCGAGGCGAAUACAAGGACAAGUUGCCCCCGACUGCCACAUAUCUGUGGGUCGACGUACACGACGUUGCUCUGGCGCACGUGAGAGCCAUCGAGGUCGAUGCAGCGGGUGGACAGCGGUUCUUUUUGACCGCUGGCCUGUACUCCACCAAAGACAUUGCCGAUAUCAUUCGAGAAUCAUUCCCGGCCCUGGCUGACAGACUCCCUCCGCCGGACUCACCCAGUGAUAUGCCAGCUGAUGUCUACGGGUAUGACAACAGCAAGUCCAUCGAGGUGUUGGGCAUCAAGUAUCAUACUCUGAAGGAAUCGGUGGAGGAGACCGUCAAGUCAUUGCUGGCUGUGGGCGCAUAAUGGUGAUGCAAGACGUUGCCAUAUUUUUCUGCGGUAUUCCAGCCAGUAUUAGAACUAUAGAUAGUCUCACGAAAUCUGAUAUACAUCAUUAUC